AUCCUGUAGAGUUUUCUACUCGGUUUCUGUGGCUGUACCCAGUGACAUCACUCUCGUGCAGACUUGAAGAAUAUGUGUGCCGUUUGCAAGGAAGGUCUCUUGAUGACAGAAUCACUCCCAAAUGCCUGGAAAUUCCUCACCGGAUCCCUGGGCUUUACACAGAAAUUCGUGAGCAGCCUUUCGUCUUCAGCCGGAAAGAAAGAUGUGGAAGGCUUCGGCAGGCCAUGCUGUGUCCAUCACCCAGGACGACGGCGGCGCCGAUGACUGGGAGACUGACCCUGACUUUGUGAACGACGUGAGCGAGAAGGAGCAGAGGUGGGGAGCGAAAACCGUGACGGGGUCUGGGCACCAGGAGCACAUCAACAUACACAAGCUUAGAGAGAAUGUUUUUCAAGAACACCAGACCCUCAAGGAAAAGGAGCUUGAAACGGGACCAAAGGCCUCUCAUGGUUAUGGCGGGAAGUUUGGCGUGGAGCAGGACAGGAUGGACAAGUCAGCUGUCGGCCAUGAGUAUCAGUCGAAGCUCUCCAAGCACUGCUCCCAGGUGGACUCCGUCCGGGGCUUUGGAGGCAAGUUUGGUGUCCAGGUGGACAGAGUUGAUCAGUCUGCUGUAGGCUUUGAAUACCAGGGGAAGACCGAGAAGCACGCCUCACAGAGAGACUACUCAAGUGGGUUCGGUGGCAAGUAUGGCGUGCAGGCUGACCGGGUGGACAAGAGUGCCGUGGGCUUCGACUACCAGGGCAAGACGGAAAAGCACGAGUCACAGAAAGAUUACUCGAAGGGUUUUGGUGGCAAGUACGGCAUUGACAAGGAUAAGGUAGACAAGAGUGCUGUCGGCUUUGAAUACCAGGGCAAGACAGAGAAACACGAGUCCCAGAAAGACUACGUGAAAGGAUUUGGAGGAAAAUUUGGUGUACAGACAGACAGACAAGACAAAUGUGCUCUUGGCUGGGAUCACCAGGAGAAAUUGCAGCUGCACGAAUCCCAAAAAGAUUAUAAGGCUGGUUUCGGAGGCAGAUUUGGUGUUCAGUCCGAGAGGCAGGACUCCUGUGCUGUGGGGUUUGAUUACAAGGAGAGACUGGCCAAGCACGAGUCCCAGCAAGACUACUCUAAAGGAUUCGGUGGAAAAUAUGGGGUGCAGAAGGAUCGGAUGGAUAAGAAUGCUUCCACAUUCGAGGAUGUCGCCCAGGUGGCCCCUGCUUAUCAGAAGACUGUCCCUGUCGAGGCAGUGAACAGCAGAACAAGUAACAUCAGAGCCAACUUUGAAAACCUGGCUAAGGAGAAGGAGCAGGAGGACAGACGGAAGGCAGAAGCGGAGAAGGCCCAGAGGAUGGCAAAGGAGAGACAGGAGCAGGAGGAGGCCCGGAGGCAGCUGCAUGAGCAAGCCCAAGCCCAGGCCCAAAAGCCAACGCCCCCUGCAUCCCCGACUCCUCAGCCAGCUCAGGAGAAGCCGCCUCCAAGCCCUGUCUAUGAGCAGGUAAUGCCUCCUUAUCCACAUAUCCACGUUGCGGAUCCCCUGGAACUAAGAAGUAGUCGCGUAUUGGUGACCUGGCAUGGGCCACAGGAAAUGUCUCCUGACCCUUCCCUUCCCCAGGACGCAGCUUCAUUCAAGGCUGAGCCUGAGCCUGUGUACAGCAUGGAAGCCGCCGACUACCAAGAUGCCAGCAGCCAGCAGGGCCUGGCCUAUGCCCCUGAUGCAGUCUAUGAGGCCACAGAGACCUCGGGCCACUAUCAAGCAGAGGAAAACACCUAUGACGAAUAUGAAAAUGACCUUGGGAUCACGGCCGUCGCCCUAUAUGACUACCAGGCUGCGGGUGAUGACGAAAUCUCCUUUGACCCUGACGACAUCAUCACCAACAUAGAGAUGAUCGAUGAUGGCUGGUGGCGCGGGUUGUGCAAGGGCAGGUAUGGGCUCUUCCCAGCCAACUAUGUGGAGCUGCGGCCGUAGGGCUCUCGGGGACGGAGGCCGGAGUGCAGAGCCCAGGCAGGAGGCCGCUGUACAUACUGCUUUUAUACGUCAUGCUUCUGCUGACGCUUUGGAAAUGCUCAUGCCACAGAAUUUGCUAAUAUAUUGUAAUCAUGCUCCUUAGGAGGACUCCGGUAAUCGAUUUUAUGCGUUUAAGGCAUUGUCUUUGUUUUUGCCAAAUGGACUUGUCGUGUGGAGUCACUUGAGGGACCCUUAGGUGUCCUGAGUGCAUGCUGGCCUUGCCCCCGUUGGCAGCAGGCGGGACCCUGACACAUGCUGCCUGUCCUCGGACCGGCUGUGUGGUGUUGGGUGGAGUCCCCGUCCUUGGAAGAGGGAAGCCUGAUGGGAGGUUAGGACGAUGGGCAGGGGUGCAACGGGCGGCAGCUUUAACUCCAGGUGGGACAGCCUUCAUGUUUUCCCAGACCGCUCUCCCCUCCCUCUUCACCCUCCCGGUCGCCUGAUGCCAGGAGGGCUCGCUCCUGUCCCUGCUCCCACCUCCGAAGUGGUGUCACCCAGUGCCACACACACUGCCCUCCCGGCGUGGCCCGUUGUGUGGGUUUGAGGACCUCGGGUCGCCUGCACGUGGCCCCCUGCAGCUGGGCCCUGUGUUUGCUGUGUGAGAAGUGGCCCUUUGUUGUGGGCAGGCAGGUGCCUUCUCUGCCGUAAACGCCAGAAACAUUUUUCCAUCAAGGCAGUCAUGUUCUCUGUGCUAAAAUACCACGUCAGGUGAGAGGAAAAUGUGCCUGAUUGACUGGGCUGAAGCGUGAAGCAGAGAGUGAUUCUCCCCCCAGGAUGCACCCUGUGGAUGCUGCAUGGGAGUGCAUUGCCUUCCUGAGAGCUGGGGAGGCCAGGUCGGCACCUGCGACAGUCAGGGGUGGUGUCUUUCUGGAAGAUUCUGUGUCUCGGGUGUCUGGGACAUUAGCGUCUACUUCCUGAAGCGCAUUUCUGCAUAAUCCUUGCUUUAUCCACAAUUAGGUCGGGUUUUAUAUGCAAUUACUGUAUCUAAGUUUCUGUAGCACACAUCAUAGGUAUGAUUUUUUUAAAUUAAAUAUUCAAAAUAAACUUUUUUUGAUCCA